AUGUAUUCAACAACUUCUAAUGGUCUUGCUCAGCAACAGCAACCGCUGGACUUGACGGUGCUUGGAUUAAACAGUGGAACCUCUAUGGACGGCAUCGAUUGUGCACUGUGCCGAUUUCGUCAAGAAACCCCAGAGUCUGCGAUGCAUUUUGAAUUGCUCAAGUACGGCGAGAUUCCCCUUGAGCCAGCUAUCAAGAAGCGAGCCAUGAGCAUGAUUCUACACAACAAGACAUCUCCAUCAGAAUUGUCCGAGGUCAACUCCAUCAGUUCUGCAGAGACUUGA